AUGACUGUCGCCGACCCUGCUCCCUCCAUCACCGCACCGGCCAAGGUCCCCAUUGGCGCCGUCCUCGCCGCCGUGCCCUCGAAUGCGGAUGCCUUUGCUGGCCAUCUGCUGCGGUGCCUGCAGACCCGCGCCGGCGCCGAUGCCGUCCUGCAGUUCCUCUGCUACUCGUCCAAGCUGACGGGCGCCGUGCUCGAGACGCUGAGCCGCAACGCGCUGCGCCAGUCCGCUCAGAAGCUGGUGGCCAUGGCCUUCCAGCUGCCACCCGCGACGACGGUGGUUCUUUCGUCGGCUCCGGCGCCUCCCGGAGCGGCCUUUGCGCUCAGCCUGGCGAACAAGCUCAAGGCCUUUGCUGCCGUGCUCAGCGAGGCGCGAACGAUCAAUCGGCUCUGGGGCCUGCUGGGCCUCUACUUUGCGCUCAAGAGGGUCAUCUCCAGGCCACGCCCCAAGAAGCAAGAUUCCGACAAUGAGUCUUCGGAUGCCGUCGUGGAGGCGCGAUUCGAUCGAGUCUUUUCUGUUGCCCAGAUCGUCAUCCUCAUUCUAUACCAGAUCUUCGAGAACCUCGCGUUCCUGGGCAGCAAAAAGGCAAUUGACCUGAAGCCGGCCACCAUGGGCAGGUUUGGUCUCCUCAGCGUGCGAUGCUGGGGCACCUAUACCUUUAUGGAACUCGGCAGACUGCUGCUGGAGCGGACGCGAAAGAGCGCAAAGGCCAAGGACGCCGCUUGGCUGAGUACUUGGAACAAGAGCUUCUUCCGCAACCUGGCAUGGGCCCCGUUGACUGUCCACUGGGGCAUGGCUGGUGGAGGGCCUCUGCCCGAGACGCUGGUGGCGCUGCUGGCCAUGUACCCAUCCACGGGCCAGAUGAUUGAUCUCUGGCGAGAGACGGCGAUUGCAUGA